ACUUCAGCCUGGGAAGUCCUUUACCUCCCAGUAGGCCUGGCGAGCUCCAUCACAACAUUCAAGAUUCACCCUGGAGCCAUCUGGGAAACUUUCUUUUCCAGCUCGCCCUGCGUCCUCGCCUCCCCACCCCGUGCUUCUCGAGUCGGGUGAGCUGUCUAGUUCCAUCAGAGACCGCACGGCCGCAGGGGUGGCCGGUUAUUUACGGUUCUACUGGGCCCGACAGGCGUCUGGGGAGCCGAGCAGUUGCCGACGCCCGGCACUAACCGCUGCAUGCAGCAGGAGCCUCAAGUCCAGGCCGGAAGUGAAAGGGCAGGGAGUGGGUCCUCCCGGGAUCGCAGGCGCAGAGCGGCCUCUGGUCACGUGAUUCGCCGAUAGUCACGCGGGCGCCGCUCACCUGACCAGGGUCUCACGUGGCCAGGCCUCUCCGAGAGGGGAGACCGGCGGGCCAUGGCAAGCUCCAGGCUUUGGUUUUCGCUGCUGCUGGCGGCAGCGUUCGCAGGACGGGCGACCGCCCUCUGGCCCUGGCCUCAGAACAUCCAAACCUCCGACCAGCGCUACGUCCUUUAUCCGAACAACUUUCAAUUCCAGUACGAUAUCAGCUCCGCCGCGCAGCCUGGCUGCUCAGUCCUCGACGAGGCCUUCCAGCGCUAUCGUGACCUGCUUUUCGGUUCCGGGUCUUGGCCCCGUCCUUACCGCACAGGAAAACGGCAUACACCUGAGAAGAAUGUGUUGGUUGUCUCUGUAGUCACACCUGGAUGUAACCAGCUUCCUACUUUGGAGUCGGUAGAGAAUUAUACCCUGACCAUAAAUGAUGACCAGUGUUUACUCCUCUCUGAGACUGUCUGGGGAGCUCUCCGAGGUCUGGAGACUUUUAGCCAGCUUGUUUGGAAAUCUGCUGAGGGCACAUUCUUUAUCAACAAGACUGAGAUCGAGGACUUUCCCCGCUUUCCUCACCGGGGCUUGCUGUUGGAUACAUCUCGCCAUUACCUACCACUCUCUAGCAUCCUGGACACACUGGAUGUCAUGGCGUACAAUAAAUUGAACGUGUUCCACUGGCAUCUGGUAGAUGAUCCUUCCUUCCCAUAUGAGAGCUUCACUUUUCCAGAGCUCAUGAGAAAGGGGUCCUACAACCCUGUCACCCACAUUUACACAGCACAGGAUGUGAAGGAGGUCAUUGAAUACGCACGGCUCCGGGGUAUCCGUGUGCUUGCAGAGUUUGACACUCCUGGCCACACUUUGUCUUGGGGACCAGGUAUCCCUGGAUUACUGACUCCUUGCUACUCUGGGUCUGAGCCCUCUGGCACCUUUGGACCAGUGAAUCCCAGUCUCAACAAUACCUAUGAGUUCAUGAGCACAUUCUUCUUGGAGAUCAGCUCUGUCUUCCCAGAUUUUUAUCUUCAUCUUGGAGGAGAUGAGGUUGAUUUCACCUGCUGGAAGUCCAACCCAGAUAUCCAAGACUUUAUGAGGAAGAAAGGCUUCGGUGAGGACUUCAAGCAGUUGGAGUCCUUCUACAUCCAGACGCUGCUGGACAUCGUCUCUUCUUAUGGCAAGGGCUAUGUGGUGUGGCAGGAGGUGUUUGAUAAUAAAGUAAAGAUUCGACCAGACACAAUCAUACAGGUGUGGCGAGAAGAGAUUCCAGUGAACUAUAUGAAGGAGCUGGAACUGGUCACCAAGGCCGGCUUCCGGGCCCUUCUCUCCGCCCCCUGGUACCUGAACCGUAUAUCCUACGGCCCUGACUGGAAGGAUUUCUACAUAGUGGAACCCCUGGCAUUUGAAGGUACCCCUGAGCAGAAGGCUCUCGUGAUUGGUGGAGAGGCUUGUAUGUGGGGAGAAUAUGUGGACAACACAAACCUGGUCCCCAGGCUCUGGCCCAGAGCAGGGGCUGUUGCCGAAAGGCUGUGGAGCAACAAGUUGACAUCUGACCUGACAUUUGCCUAUGAACGUUUGUCACACUUCCGCUGUGAGUUGCUGAGGCUGCAAGGGAGACGAACGUGUUUGAGGCUCAGGGGAAACGCUCCAGCCUUUGGAGGUGUGCGUGCUUGCGUGUGCCUGUGUAUGCCAGUGUGUGCAGUGGGGAUUAGCUCCAACUCUGGCAGACACCAUCACGCAUGACGAAGCUGCUUCCCCUCACGCGGCCCA